AUGGGGGGGGGGGGGGGGGGGGGGAGAGAAGAAAAGAGAGGGAGAGAGACAACGCGCUGGCACGAGGCGCGAACGACGCGGCCCGACACCGCCGCAACACGACGCGCGGUCAACGCAAAGAAGGGACAAGCAAAAGGGAAAGUGGCGAGCAGGUCCCGUUGGCACGGAUCCAGUCUGGUGCGAAAUUGGUCCGGAUGCGGGGGGAGGGGAGGGAAGCACCCAACAAACCCCCCCCCCCCCCCCUACCUCAAUAAAUUCAUUGAGAAGAAGCGCGGCGAAAGUAACAAUCAACUGACAUCCAACCUAAUUCCGUUCGCAACAGACAGCAAAAACGAAAACCUAGUGUUACAACACAUUGUGAACGGGCGUUCGGGCGUCCGUGUGUGUGAAAAUGUAAUUUAUGCUGCCCGUCAUAGAGUUAAUAAUGGAUCGGGAGGGGGGAACGAGGGGGGAGGUUUCAAUUCGCCGAGCGUGUCGGUUUCCGCCAAGUUCACGAAGACAACAAAUCGAAUUUGCUCCAUUGUAACGCAUGUAACGAUCGACUUUUCAAGU